CGUUUAUUAGAACAAUUAAAUUUAAUAUUAAAAUGGCAUAAUAGUCAAGGUUUAUCAGAUACAUAUGUAACAUGUAUUUAUUCAAUACAAAAACAUUAUUCAUUAAUUGCUGAUAAAACUGUGAUGAAUAAAUUAAUAUUUGGUUUAAAGAAAAUGUAUGGAGAUAUUAAAAUUGAAUGUUUAGAAUCAUUAAUUGCCAAUAUAACUGAAUUUGAUUCAGCAUAUUUAGAAUUACGAGCAGCAGGAAUAUUAGAUAUUCUUAUUCACAAGUAA